GUCUCAGUGUCUCUCUCUCCUUCCUUCCUCUCUCCCACCGUGUACAGACCGAGUGGAAGUGAUGGCUGCGGUUUCCGCUAACCGAGUGCUGAUUUACGGAGGAAGAGGAGCGCUCGGCUCGACCUGCGUCCGCCAUUUUAAAUCCCGAGGCUGGUGGGUGGCCAGCAUCGACAUUGCCACUAAUGAAGAAGCAGACGCGAACGUACUCGCAAAGAUCUGCGACAGUUUCUGUGAGCAUGCGGCGCAGGUGACGUCAGAUAUGGCUCGGCUGCUGGGAGACCAGAAAGUGGACGCCAUUGUGUGUGUGGCCGGAGGAUGGGCUGGGGGUAACUGUGCCUCCAAAGAUGUGUUUAAGAACAGCGAUCUGAUGUGGAAACAAAGUGUCUGGACGUCCACCAUCUCCACAUAUCUGGCCUCUCGGCACCUCAAAACUGGAGGUUUGCUCACACUGACCGGAGCCAAGGCUGCUCUCAGCGGAACUCCAGGUAUGGUGGGUUAUGGCAUGGCGAAGGCAGCAGUGCAUCAGCUGUGUGAAAGUGCGGCUGGGCAGAACAGCGGUCUUCCUGCAGGCGCUGCAGCCGUGGCCAUCCUCCCGGUUACCUUGGAUACGCCGAUGAACAGGAAAUUCAUGCCUGAUGCAGACUUCAGCAGCUGGACACCGAUGGAGUACAUUGCAGAAAUGUUCUACAGCUGGGCCAGUGGGUCAGAGCGUCCGGCCUCAGGCAGUCUGAUCCAGCUGGUGACGUCAGGAGGAAAGACAGAGGCCACGCCGGUUCAGUAAAAACCGUGAGACAAGAGGAGGAGGAGGAGAAGAAAAGAGGGUUAGCUAAAGCAAACAUUCAGUAUUCAGCUGCAUAAAAGAAAUUAAAGGGCAAAAAUAACCUUGUAAAGGGAGUCCGUUCAGCCUUAUAGCAUUUCAACAACAGCGCAACCUGCUGACGCUUUACACUACUCCUUAUCAUUUGGCCAUCUAAUAUUCAUCGUCUGUAUUUGUUUUUGCUUACAUCAUCUUUCAUUUUUAGUCUUAAAUUGAGCUUAAAGAAUAUUAUUAUACAUCUAGGACACUUUUUUUUUUUUUCCAUGGAAUAAAAACGUUCCUAUCUCCUCCUCGCGGGUUUCAUGCGUUUGGUUCGAUAGCAUGCAAUAUUGUUAGCAUAUCGCUUAUCCUCCGUAUAUUACCGUACAUCACUCUACCCAGUGCAGAAUGAGCGUUGAAUAUGGUUUAUGAUAUUGCAUGGUUGUCAAGACGACAUGACGUCUCGCGUCAGAGACGUAAAAUUUCCAUGCUAGCGAGCGACUGGGCUAAUUUGUAAACAAAUCUGUAACCGUUCCAUCGAAUGUGUAUGUAUAAAAAUCAUAGUAUUGGCUGGUGCUUUUUUUUUUUUUCUUUUUUUUUUUUUCC